AUGUAUCAACGAUCUCUCCUCGUAAUUCUUGUCUUGUGGACUACCAACGAGGUUUUAUGCUCUUCUGGUGAUGAUGGAUGCUUCGGACUAUUCGAAAAGCUUAAAUGGAAUAGGACAUUCAGUUUUAAUAAUAAGGUAUUGACACUCAAACUCGAAGUUACUGAUGAUCCACCACAUUGGAUUGUGAACUAUCUAUUCGAGAUUCUAGCUCGAGAACGGUUGGGUUACACGAAGAUCGAAUUCGUUCGAACAGAGGGUGGUGAUAUAAGCAAUGCUGUUAAAAGACUGCAGUGUUCCGAUACUCAGUGUUUACAAUUACCUGAAACUCAUCUCAACUUACUUCUGUGGUUGCCAGUUGGUGGAGAUGUUAAAUUUUGGGCGCGACCUUCUUCUGUCACUGACCAUGGCCCUCUUGGACCUAUCCGCCCCUGGAAACUCCUUACACAGUCAUGUUACAAAUCACACCACACAAGAAAUCUAAACUACACUUCACCUUUGAAAUAUGAUUGUCGCUCCAGUGAUGAUAUAGUUAGUCGAGACUUAUCAGGAUAUCAAAAGAGAACUGUACAGAAUCCAAAUAUGUUCCAAAACCAUAGCUUGGUCUCUGAGAAUUCAAUUACUGUUUUAGAUUUUGAACUGAAUUCGACAUGUCUGCGAUAUAAUUUUUAUAGUAUUCCCCCACCUCCUUUGUGCAGUGCUGAUACUCGACCAACCUCAACUAAAGAUCACCAGUAUUGCUACACAGAGUCUUAUCGACCUGUCAAAGUGACGUGGGCCAAACUGCAGACGGCAACUCCACAAAUCUUUCAGCUUGCUUCCAAAAUGUAUAUGUCACAUGAUGAACUGGCGGAAAUGGUUCAUUCAGCUUUGCUUAGCACCAACGCAGACCGUCAGUCAACAUAUAAGCAGGUUGCUUGCCGUUGGCUCCGUCAAAACCCAAGUAAAUGGAAAAGCUGGACAGUUGACUGGGACAAAAAGCUCAAUUUAACUGUAGCAGGUUUAUUCAGUAUGUAUGGGAAGUGGGUGCUCUAUGGGCUUGAUCGAGUGGCUCAAGAAGCUAUGAAUUUUGUCAAUGCAGACUCGGAUUAUUUUCGUAAUUCUGAAUAUGCAUUAAGCUUGGAUGUACGCAAUUUGACAUGCGAACCAGAUAUUGUUUUAAGUGAUUAUUUCCAAGUGCUAGAGAAUGCGGUCAACAAUCGUCUCAUCGGUUCAAUCGCUGCUCUAUGCUCAGAUUCAAUAGAAGCUGUGGUUGAAUUGGCAAAUAUCCGAAAACAGAUCAUUGUUAGCCCAACUGUAGGUAGUGCACGUUUUCUUGAGCAACAACAAUACCAUUAUUUUUUCCGUACGGUACCGUCAAUGACUCUAGCUAAUUUCAUAUUGCUUCGAUUAUUCUUGAUAUGGGGUUGGCAUCGAAUCGUUGUGUUUCGUAAAUCGGAUCAUUUUUUCGAACCUUUACUUUUUCAAGCAAAAGGAAUCGAAAUUAUAGCUAAUAUUGAGAUGGACGAACAGCAGUUAACUUACAAAUUGGCAAAAGAUACUUUGGAAGAACUCAAGCAACAAAAUAGCCGUAUAUUUGUUGUUGAGUAUGAUGCACGUGGUACCUACCUGAUACUUUGUGCGGCUUAUCAUGAAGGCAUGCACUUCUCCGCUGGCUAUGUUUGGUUUCUGAAUCCGUGGCUUUCUGAUCAGUGGUGGUCUGGAUUGGUUGAUCGUAAUUCCGAAUGCACUUUUAGUGAGAUGCUCAACAUUACCUCUUGGACGUUUACUGUUGGACAUCAGCUAUUAAUUGGUCCUAUGGUUCACAGUUUCAUCCCACGUACCAGUGAGUUUAUGGACUCAGAUUCUAAAUCUGGAAAUAAAUCUGGUGCUGGAAAUCGGACGUCUGUAUCUGAACAACUUCAACGUAGACGUCGCCAUGUUACUGUUCAGACACAAGCUGUGGGAGAAUUACCGGUCUUAUCUAGAACUAAACAUCACCUUAAACUAAACGACAUUGGGAAUCUACAUUCAGUGAUCAUUCCAAACGCAAAUUGGUUAAAGAUCCUUUACACGAUUAUACAGUGUACACAUAUGAUGCUGUGA